CAACGUGUUAUGAUUUUUUAUGAUUUCCGAUGAUAAAUGAUCUUGAACUUAUUACCUUUAUGAAGUUCUGCUGUCUGCCUAGUUUCAAGGAGAGCGCUUUCUUUAUUAUGCUGCUGCUAUUUUAUGCGAUGAAUGCCGCUUCGGAAGCAUGGCCUGAAGGACUCGGUCGCCCUCAUCAUGCGGUCAAGCCACACGCAGGGUUAGGCUGCUGCUGCCAAACAGGACGAAUCUGAAGCCCUCACAGAAGCCACACGCGAGGAACAUGUCCUUCGGGACCUCCACCUUUUGAUCCUGCCAGGAGACGACGAGACGUCACACCGUGACCAUGACGACGGCAACUUCAGUCAGCAGCUGGACUUCCUGUCCCCAGGGAGCCUGCGUCCUGACCAACCACAGCGCCCCAUCGCCACGCAACUUCUCGGGGGCUCCGAAUGCCACCGACUGCCCCAUGGAUGAGCACUUGCUCUCUCGAGUGCUCACCGCAUUCUACUCGGUGAUCUUCCUCGUGGGGCUGGUGGGAAACAUCAUCGCCCUCUACGUGUUCCUGGGGAUCCACCGCAAGAGGAACUCCAUUCAGAUCUACCUCCUGAACGUGGCCGUCGCAGACCUCCUGCUCAUCUUCUGCCUCCCCUUCCGCAUCAUGUACCACCUUAACCAGAACAAGUGGGUGCUCGGCGUGGUUCUCUGCAAGGUGGUCGGGACGCUCUUCUACAUGAACAUGUACAUCAGCAUCAUUCUGCUCGGGUUCAUCAGCUUGGAUCGCUACAUAAAAAUCAAUCGGUCCAUCCAACAGCGGAAGGCGGUAACGACCAGGCAAAGUAUUUACGUUUGCUGUACAGUAUGGGCCGUCGCUCUGGCUGGAUUCUUAACUAUGAUUAUUUUAACCCUCAAGAAAGGAGGCCACAAUUCUACAAUGUGUUUCCAUUAUAGAGAUAAAAUGAACGAGAAAGGAGAAGCUAUUUUUAAUUUGGUUCUUGUGGUGAUGUUCUGGCUGAUUUUCCUACUCAUAAUCCUUUCCUAUAUUAAGAUCGGCAAGAACCUACUGAAGAUUUCGAAAAAGAGGUCCAAAUUUCCCAAUUCUGGCAAAUACGCCACGACAGCCCGCAAUUCCUUCAUCGUGCUGAUCAUUUUCACUGUGUGUUUUGUCCCUUACCACGCCUUCCGCUUUGUCUAUGUUUCCUUACAGCUCAACGUGUCAUCGUGUUAUUGGAAGGAGAUCGUUCACAAAAUCAACGAGAUCAUGCUGGUCUUCUCCUCGUUCAACAGCUGCCUGGACCCGGUCAUGUAUUUCCUGAUGUCCAGUAACAUCCGCAAAAUCAUGUGCCAGCUUCUCUCUCGAGGGUUCCAAGGGGACUCGAGCCGGAGCGAAAGCACCUCGGAGUUCAAGCCGGGGUACUCCCUCCACGAGACAUCAGCCGCGGCGAAAAUUCAGACUGGCUUCUAAAGCCUUUUUGGCCAGCGCAUGAAAAAGCCUCUCCAUUCCUUGAAGAACGACACAUUUUCCGGAACGAAAUGCUAGCAUUUGCAAGGAUCGGAUCUCCUCCGUGCUCCUAUCUUAUUUGUGACUAGAGGCCUGGUGCAAGAAUUCGUGCACAGGUAGGGUCCCUAGGCCCGGCAGGCAAUCAGGGCUGAUCGGGGCCUUUCUUCCCCCAGCUGACGGCCAGGGCCUUCCUUCGUUUGGCACCCCCCCCUGGUGGUCAGCGCACAUCAUAGCGAGCGUUCGAACUCCCAGUCAGUCAAACUCCCGAGGGGACAAUUUGCAUAUUAGCCUUUUAUUAUAUAGGACAUUUCAUUUGCUUAAUUGUAAGAUAUUUCAAGGAAAAGAAAAGCUUACGCUUAUCACUAGAUUUUUAAAUCUGUGUGUAUAUCUUUUCAAAAGAUAUCGUUAAGUUAACACUCUUUUUAAAAGUUUUACAUUUUCUUUAAUUUUCAAAAAAAUCCUCACCUGAGGAUAUCCCCCUUCUCCCCCCCGACUUUUAGAGAGAGUAGAAUGGAGAGAGAGGGAGAGAGAGAGAGAGAGAGAGAGAGAGAGAGAGAGAGAGAGAGAAACAUCUACUGGUUGCUUCCCUCACGUGCCUGGGAUUGAACUUGCAACUGAGGUACAUGCCCUUAACCUGACUCUAACCUGUGACUCUUUGGUCUGUGGGCCAAAACUCUAACCACUGAGAACCUGGCCAGGUCUAAGCUAACACUCUUAACAAAGAUUAUAAAGUUAAGUGAAAUGUAUGGCUUCAACAACAGGAUGAUUAAAGGAAAUGUCAUCAUUUCUCAAGUCACUAAAGUAGUUACUUAAAAUUAAGCACCUAAUACUAAUUUAAAGUGUGUUUAAAAGUAAGUUCAAUGAUUUGAGGACUGAUUGAAAAUGUCAGAAAAUAGAUGUUGAUUGUCACUUAAAAAGCUUGUAAUUUGCCUCUGUAUUAAUUGAUGCCUAAACCUCUAUAAGAGAUGAAUUGAUAAUAAACUUCUAAUAAAACAUGAAA